AAAUCAUUUCCGGUUUCUUCAAUGAAACACACAAAAGAGCACAGGCGAUAGAUAGCCUUAGCUUUUCUUUUGUUAGACGGUUGUCUGAUGACGGGUUUUAAAUAAAAAUGUCUUCAUUUUAGCCUCGGAGAGAGUUUAUGAAAGAGCUGGUAACUGAAGAAACAUUCACAGAGUUGAAAGAAAUCAAUGUCAAGAUGGAGGAAGAGAUGGAGGAUCAGCGCGGACUGAUGGACUUCAGCCGGAUACCGAAGAUCAACUUACACCGAAUAGAUCUCCCACAAUGCUGUGAAGAGGAGGAGGUUCUGAAUGAGCUCAGCAACCCGCAGGAAGAAUCCACUUUGGAUCAAGAGGAACCGGAACCUCUGCAGAUAAAACAGGAACAAGAGGAACCAGAACCUCUGCAGAUAAAACAGGAAGAACAGGAACCAGAACCUCUGCAGAUAAAACAGGAACAACAGGAACCAGAACCUCUGAAAAUGAAACAGGGACAAGAGGAACCAGAACCUCUGCAGAUAAAACGGGAUCAAGAGGAACCAGAACCUCUGCAGAUAAAACAGGAUCAACAGGAACCAGAAUCUCUGCAGAUAAAACAGGGACAAGAGGAACCAGAACCUCUGCAGAUAAAACAGGGACAAGAGGAACCAAAACCUCUGCAGAUAAAACAGGAACAAGAGGAACCAGAACCUCUGCAGAUAGAACGGGAACAAGAGGAACCAGAACCUCUGCAGAUACAACAGGAACAACAGGUACCAGAACCUCUGCAGAUAAAACAGGAACAACAGGAACCAGAACCUCUGCAGAUAAAACGGGAACAAGAGGAACCAGAACCUCUGCAGAUACAACAGGAACCAGAACCUCUGCAGAUAGAACGGGAACAAGAGGAACCAGAACCUCUGCAGAUACAACAGGAACAACAGGAACCAGAACCUCUGCAGAUAAAACAGGAACAACAGGAACCAGAACCUCUGCAGAUAAAACGGGAACAAGAGGAACCAGAACCUCUGCAGAUACAACAGGAACCAGAACCUCUGCAGAUAAAACAGGAACAAGAGGAACAGGAACAUCAAGAGUUCAAAGAGGAAGAGAAGCAACUCUGCAUCAGUCAGGAUGAAGAGCAUGUUGUGCUGAAACAGGAGACUGAUGACAUUUUGGUGAACAAACAGCAGAAAGGCACAACUGAGACUUCAGAACAAGAAACACAAAAGAAAGCUCAACCGAACCAAAAUCUAUAUUCUUGUAAAAUUUGUGAUAAAGCCUUUUCCCGAAAAAAUUCUUUCAUGAUACACGUGAGAGCUCACACGGCCAAGAAACCUUUCACAUGUUCAACCUGUGGAAAAGAUUACCCUCACAAGAGUCGUUUAAUUGAUCAUAUGAGAACUCAUACAGGUGAAAAACCUUUCACAUGUACAACUUGUGGAAAACGUUUCCGGAGGAAACCUGACUUGGUUAGUCACAUCAGAGUUCACACAGGUGAGAAGCCAUUCUCAUGUGGAAACUGUGGAAAAAGUUUCCGGAGGAAAUCUGACUUGGUUAGUCACAUCAGAGUUCACACAGGUGAGAAGCCAUUCUCAUGUGGAAACUGUGGAAAAAGUUUCCGGAGGAAACCUGACUUGGUUCGUCACAUCAGAAUUCACACAGGUGAGAAGCCAUUCUCAUGUGGGACCUGUGGAAAACGUUGUGCUCACAAGAGUCGUUUAAUUGAACACAUGAGAAUUCAUACAAGUGAAAAAGCUUUCGCAUGUGCAGCUUGUGGAAAAAGUUUCCAUCACAGUGGCAAUUUGAACAGACACAUGAGAACUCACUCAGGUGAGAAGCCUUACAAGUGCACAACCUGUGGAAAAAGUUUUGUGUCUAAAUCUGAGUUAGUUGAUCACAUGACGAUUCAUACAGGUGAGAAGCCUUUCUCAUGUGGAAACUGUGGAAAAAGUUUCCGGAGGAAACCUGACUUGGUUCGUCACAUCAGAAUUCACACAGGUGAGAAGCCAUUCUCAUGUGGGACCUGUGGAAAAAGUUUCACUCUUAAAAAAAGUUUACCUGCUCACAUGAGAACUCACACAGGUGAAAAACCUUUCUCAUGUGGAACCUGUGGAAAAAAUUUCACUUAUAAAAAAAAUGUAAAUAUUCACAUGAGAACUCACACUGCUGAGAAGCCUUUCUCAUGCAAGAUCUGUGGAAAAAGGUUCCGGUGGAAACCUGACUUGGUUCGUCACAUCAGAAUUCACACAGGUGAGAAGCCAUUCUCAUGUGGGACCUGUGGAAAAAGUUUCACUCUUAAAAAAAGUUUAACUGCUCACAUGAGAACUCACACAGGUGAAAAACCUUUCUCAUGUGGAACCUGUGGAAAAAAUUUCACUUAUAAAAAUGUAAAUAUUCACAUGAGAACUCACACUGCUGAGAAGCCUUUCUCAUGCAAGAUCUGUGGAAAAAGGUUCGGUGGAAACCUGACUUGGUUAAAUCACAUCAGAAUUCACACAGGUGAGAAGCCAUUCUCAUGUGGGACCUGUGGAAAAAGUUUCACUCUUAAAAAAAGUUUAACUGCUCACAUGAGAACUCACACAGGUGAAAAACCUCGGAGAGAGUUUAUGAAAGAGCUGGUAACUGAAGAAACAUUCACAGAGUUGAAAGAAAUCAAUGUCAAGAUGGAGGAAGAGAUGGAGGAUCAGCGCGGACUGAUGGACUUCAGCAGGAUACCGAAGACCAACUUACACCGAAUAGAGGAGGAGGUUCUGAAUGAGCUCAGCAACCCGGAGGAAAAAUCCACUUUGGAUCAAGAGGAACCAGAACCUCUGCAGAAAAAACAGGAACAAGAGGAACCAGAACAUCAAGAGUUCAAAGAGGGAGAGAAGCAACUCUGCAUCAGUCAGGAUGAAGAGCAUGUUGUGCUGACACAAGAGACUGAUGACAUGUUGGUGAACAAACAGCAGAAAGGCACAACUGAGACUUCAGAACAAGAAACACAAAAGAAAGCUCAACCAAACCAAAAUCGAUAUUGUUGUAAAAUUUGUGCUAAAACCUUUUCUCGAAAUAGUUCUGUCAUGAUACACAUGAGAACUCACACGGCCAAGAAACCUUUCACAUGUUCAACCUGUGGAAAAGAUUACCCUCACAAGAGUCGUUUAAUUGAUCAUAUGAGAACUCAUACAGGUGAAAAACCUUUCACAUGUGCAGGUUGUGGAAAAAGUUUCCAUCACAGUGGCAUUUUAAAAAGACACAUAAGAACUCACUCAGGUGAGAAGCCUUACAAGUGCACAACCUGCGAAAAAAGUUUUGUGUCUAAUUCUCAGUUAGUUGAUCACAUGUCGAUUCAUACAGGUGAGAAGCCUUUCUCAUGUGGAAACUGUGGAAAAAGUUUCCGGAGGAAAGGUAACUUGAAUAGUCAUAUCAGAAUUCACACAGGUGAGAAGCCAUUCUCAUGUGGGACCUGUGGAAAACGUUGUGCUCAUAAGAGUCGCUUAAUUGAACACAUGAGAAUUCAUACAGGUGAAAAACCUUUCAUUUGUGAAGCUUGUGGAAAAGGUUUCCAUCACAUUGGCACUUUAAACAGACACAUAAGAACUCACUCAGGUGAGAAGCCUCACAGGUGCACAACCUGUGGAAAAGGUUUUGCGUCUAAAUCUCACUUAGUUGAUCACAUCAUGAUUCAUACAGGUGAGAAGCCUUUCUCAUGUGGACACUGUGGAAGAAGUUUCCGGAAGAAACCUAACUUGGUUCGUCACAUCAGACUUCACACAGGUGAGAAGCCAUUCUCAUGUGGGACCUGUGGGAAAAGUUUCACUCAUAAAAAAAGUUUAACUCGUCACAUGAGAAUUCACACAGGUGAGAAGACUUUCUCUUGAGGCAUCUGUGGAAGAAAUUGCUUGUAUGAAUCCCAGUUAGUUUAUAACAUGAGAACUCACACAGGUUAAAAAUCUUUCUCAUGUGGAACCUGUGGAAAAAAUUUCACUUAUGAAAAAAGUUUAAAUGCUCUCAUGAGAUUUCACACAGGUGAGAAGCCUUUCUCAUGUGCGACUUGUGGAAAAUUUUUUGCUGUAAAACACCUUUUACAUUUUCACAUGAAGACUCAUGCAAGAGAGAAGUCUUUCUCAUGUGCGGCCUGUGGGAAAGGUUUCACUCAAAAAUACCUUUUAACUUUUCAACAGAAUUCACACAUGUGAGAAGUAGCUGGGCAUUGAUUUAUCAGCCAGCUGAUUAAUUUGUGUUGAUAUCCUUAAUUUUGGGACGUUGGUGAUCAGCAGAUACAAGCAUGUGAAGCCGAUCUGAUCCUCCAAUUUUAUUGACCUG